AUGCCAACACCUGUACCUGAAGAAACUGUCAAUACAACUCUGGAAAUUAUUCAGAUGGUGAAUGACACAACUUGUUAUGCCAGAAACUUGACGACGGAGGAGCUUGGAUUAGUCCCAGUGGGGAACAUUACCUUGGUAGAGGGCCUUCCAAGAGGUUCAUCAACCAAUUCUGAUACAACUCCUCAGUCCGUCCGGGACUCCACCAUUUCUAACUCUUCAAGGACUGACGAGUCGGUUGAUUUGGAACCGAAAGAUGAGUUGUUAGGGCAAUCUCCAGAGUUCAAAAAUGCUUUAAAUGAAAAACUCAAACAAGUAGAUAUUCAUCCUCAUCCAAGACCCCAUGGAACAUUCUGGAAUUUCCGAUUUCGACCCCUACCUCUUAAUGCGCUCAAUUCGCCCCCAGAUAUUCCUCUCAGACCUGAGGUCAGGGCCAACUUAAUCCCGCCGAAAGCUGAGAAAACCAAUCCAAUGACAAUGGAUAUGACUAACGUUUGGCUCAAGAUCCAUUCACUUCCGGAGAUGGAAACUUCGGUGAACCCGUCAUACAAGGUCAUUACACCUGAUAAGAUCAAAAAUAAUGGCGAUGUUGUUCAGUGGCUUGACUACAAUCCAGCCUACUUAUCGAACACUGCAGCAUCACUUGAACCUGGUAAAUUGGUUGAAUGUCUCCAGUGGAAUGGAGAAUCAAUAGUCCUGCCUAGUAGCUGCGUUCGACUCCUCACAUCCGUCGAGGAAAUAGCCGAGGCGAUGACAAAACGACCGAGGGCGCAGGUUUUGAACAAUUUCACUGCCUCAACAAAAGAUGAGCUAUCAGUUAAGGCUGGUGAAAUCAUAUACCUCAUGAAGCAAUUGGAUUCCGAUAGCUACAUGGCAAUAAAUAAGUCGAAUAAACGCGGCCGGGUUCCAAGUGAUGUUUUGAAUAUUUUACUAGCUCCAGGCUAA